CGGGCCAUAGCUAAACCAGAGGAGCGUCAUAAAGACCCACAGCUCCGGUACCAGGCUACCGUGGAAGCCCUUCGGAUUAACUUUUCACUUGACUUCACUUCUCUUUAGAGCGACAGCUUUCUUCCUCUCGUGCGUCUCUCUACGGUCAGUCGGUGGAAUGGCAGAGAAGCGACGCUCUUCGUGCAAUCUGAGCGUCAAGGCGCACGCGUUCUCGGUGGAAGCUCUCAUCGGGGCAGAGAAGACACGGAAGCUCGGGGACGACGACACCGGGGUGUGCUGUCUUGAUGAGUGGACCGAGGUGUUGGAACUUCCCGCUAACGGAGGGGAGAGAGAGAAGAAGGUGUACGACCGCGCCAUCGACCGGGGCAGCGAGAUAGAGUGUGCUAGUGACGGCUCGCCGGAGAGUUGUGACGUGGUGUUGGAGGCCCAGGCCCAGCGCACGCCGCCGGUAACAGUAACGGUUCCCGGAGAGGAGAUGAGCGUGGACUUGCAGGGCUCCGACCUGUGGAAACGGUUUCACGAGAUUGGUACGGAGAUGAUCAUCACGAAGGCCGGCAGGCGGAUGUUCCCCGCUAUGCGCGUGAAGAUCUCGGGUCUGGACCCCCGCCAGCAGUACUACGUCGCCAUGGACGUUAUCCCCCUGGACAACAAAAGAUACAGGUACGUGUACCACAGCUCCAAGUGGAUGGCCGCGGGAAACGCGGAUUCCCCGGUUCCACCACGUGUGUAUGUCCACCCCGACUCGCUGGCUUCUGGUGAGACUUGGAUGCGUCAGGUGAUCAGCUUCGACAAACUCAAACUGACCAAUAAUGAGCUGGAUGACCAGGGGCAUAUCAUUCUCCACUCCAUGCAUAAGUACCAGCCGCGUGUGCAUGUGAUUCAGAAGGAGCGUGGCGAGGAGCUGUCUCAUGUUAGAGCCGUUCCCCAGGGAGACGGAACCAGAACACUCAGUUUCCCAGAGACUGUCUUCACCACUGUCACCGCAUACCAGAACCAACAGAUCACCAAGCUGAAGAUUGACAGGAAUCCAUUUGCCAAAGGCUUCAGAGACUCCGGACGAAACCGGUGA